CCUGUCCCACCACCCUGAAAGCAGAAGACACAACCCCAGAGGCACCAACAACUGAGGCAGCCUCUCCUGCCACCCCCAAACCUGAAGACACAACCCCAGAGGCCACAGAGUUACCAACAAGCGAGGCAGCCUGUCCCACCACCCUGAAAGCAGAAGACACAACCCCAGAGGCACCAACAACCAAGGCCGAUUCUCCCACCACCCCAGAAGCACCAACGACCAAAGCAGACUCUCCCACAAACCCUAAACCAGAAGACACAACUCCAGAGGCACCAACAACCAAGGCCGAUUCUCCCACCACCCCAGAAGCACCAACAACCAAAGCAGCCUCUCCCACCACCCCCAAACCAGAAGACACAACUCCAGAGGCACCAACGACCAAAGCAGACUCUCCCACCACCCCCACACCUAAAGACACAACCCUUGCAGUUACAGAGUCACCCACUACCGAGGUACAGUGUCCCACCACCUCUGACAUCAAGGGGACUACCUCUGCAUCUCCCGAGGCUGACACCACUGCCAUCCAGAAAUCAACACCUAUUGAAGUGAGAACUGCUGUCCCUGCAUUAGUAACAACUGCUAAAGAAGACACAACCACUCAAAGUAAAGUGUUUGUUACAACUAGAAAGGAACGACCCAUACCUGAAUCAGAGACAACUGUUUCAGAAACAGAAAAGAAAUUUGCAACUCCUACACCCAAAGUAGCAGCCAGCACAACUGCAAAAGAAACAGCUACAGCCCUACAAAGGACAGCGGUGACUCCAGCUAGGAUUACUGAGAUUAUAACAAUAACUGACAAAAAAGACAAAACAACAGCUAAAACUUUAACUAGUGGUAUAACCCAAGAGCCGACAACUAAAAUAGAAACAACCACGGUGAACAAAGAGAUAACACCCCCCAAGAAAGAGAAAACUACUCUGCUUAAAGACAUUUUAACAGGUAGGAUAGGAACAACUACAGUAACCAUGGUGAUAACGGCUAAACCAGAUGACUCUCCUAAAGAGGAUGAUAUUCCAAAUGCAACUCUUACAGCCAAGGAAGCUAUCUCUACAGCGGCUGAAUCAGAAACAACUACUGCUGACAAAAAGCCUGCAACAACUGCUGCACAAAAAGAAGCAACUCCAACUAAACAAGACAGGACUCCUACACCAGAAGUGACUUCAACCGCUAAAAAAGAAGAGAGACCUGUGGGAACAGCGACUGUAACAACAGCAGCCACAGCAGCUACAACUCCCAUGCCCAAGCCUACUGUGUUGACAACAACUGCCAAAACAGAUUCAACUCCUAAACCCAGGGACAUUGUGACAACAUCUAAAAGAGACACAACUGUGGAAACUAAGCAGACUGUAACAGCAGCAGCUAAAGAGAGCAUAAGUACUACUUGUGUCGUUGUAGAGACAGCAACAGCUGGUAAAAAAGAGGUAGUGACCGUCAAAGAUGCUAGUGUCACACCUAAAAAAGAAAUGGAAGACUCCACUGAAAAGGUCCCUAGUACUGACAAGGGAGAGGAAGCUACUGUUACCAGAGAGACCACUACAAGAGAGAAAAAAGACACAAUAGAAGAAAUGUUUCUUGUUUCUAAUGGGACAUCCAAGCCAACUAUACACUUUGAGGAGAUUACCGACACGAGAGAGCAGCCUCAGCCGUCUGACUCUGCAACUCUGCCAGCAAAAGAAGAGCCUGAGAUAAACAAGCCUUUAAUACAAACUGCAGACCUGCCAGCUUUAACGGGAGAAACACAAGGUAAUUGCAUUCCAGUAGCCAAGAAGGACGAGAAGGACCUGUGCAGCGGGAGGCCGGCGAACGGCAUGGUAGCCCUGCCCAACGGCACACUGGCCGUCUUCCGAG